GCCGAUGGAGACGCAAGCUCUGGAACCGGGGACUCGGGAAGCCUAUGGCGCCACCAGCCACCUCCCUAACAAGGAGGCCCUGUCUAAGACCAAAGAAAACCUCAAAGACUUGAUGUCCAAGCUGACAGAGGGACAGUAUGUGCUAUGCCGGUGGACAGACGGGCUAUACUACCUCGGCAAGAUCAAGAAGGUCAGCAGUCCUAAGCAAAGCUGCCUUGUGACUUUUGAAGAUAAUUCCAAAUACUGGGUCCUGUGGAAGGACAUACAGCAUGCUGGUGUCCCAGGAGAGGAGCCCAAGUGUGACGUCUGCCUGGGGAAGACAUCGGGGCCCACGAAUGAGAUCCUCAUCUGUGGCAAGUGCGGCCUGGGUUACCACCAGCAGUGCCACACCCCCAUUGCAGACAGUGCCAACCGGCCCCUCCUCACCCCUUGGUUCUGCCGGCGCUGCAUUUUUGCGCUGGCUGUGAGGAAAGGCGGCGCGCUGAAGAAAGGCGCCAUCGCCAGGACGCUGCAGGCAGUGAAAAUGGUGCUGUCCUACCAGCCCGAGGAGCUCGAGUGGGACUCGCCCCAUCGCACCAACCAGCAGCAGUGCUACUGCUACUGCGGCGGGCCUGGAGAGUGGUACCUGCGGAUGCUGCAGUGUUAUCGCUGUAGACAAUGGUUCCAUGAAGCUUGCACACAAUGCCUUAAUGAGCCUAUGGUGUUUGGAGACCGGUUCUACCUGUUCUUCUGCUCCGUGUGUAACCAAGGCCCAGAGUAUAUUGAGAGGCUACCCCUUCGAUGGGUGGACAUAGUUCACCUGGCCCUCUAUAACCUGGGAGUACAAAGCAAGAAGAAGUACUUUGACUUUGAGGAGAUUUUGGCCUUUGUCAACCACAACUGGGAGCUGCUGCAGCUUGGCAAGCUCACCAGCACCCCUGUGUCUGAUCGAAGCUUGCAUCUCCUCAACGCUCUCAACAGUUACAAAAGCCGGUUCCUGUGCGGGAAGGAAAUUAAGAAGAAGAAAUGCAUCUUCCGCCUGCGCAUCCGUGUCCCGCCCACCCCUCCAGGAAAGCUGCUUCCCGACAGAGGGCUGAUGCCAACUGAGAGAGGGACCUCUGAGCUGCUUCGUAAGAGAGGAAAGAGCAAGCCUGGUUUGUUGCCUCCUCAGGAAUCCCAGCAGCAGAAAAGGCGAGUUUAUAGAAGAAAAAGAUCAAAGUUUUUGCUGGAAGAUGCUAUUCCCAGUAGUGACUUCACCUCAGCCUGGAGCACGGACCACCACCUAGCCAGUAUAUUCGACUUCACGCUGGAUGAAAUUCAGAGUUUAAAAAGUGCCAGCUCGGGCCAUACCUUCUUCUCAGACCUGGAUUCCACGGAUGCUGCCAGUACCUCAGGCUCUGCCUCCACCAGCAUGUCCUAUGACUCUAGACGGACAGUAGGCAGCCGCAAGCGGAAGCUGGCAGCCAAAGCGUACAUGCCCCUACGGUCAAAGAGGGCGGCUAAGCCGGAUGGGCGCUGCCCCUCAGACGGCAGUGCAGAGGGAACUCUGGUCCCUGAGCAGCCGGACGAAGGCAUUGACAGCCACACAUUUGAAAGCAUCAGUGAAGAUGAUUCCUCCUUGUCGCAUCUCAAGUCAUCUAUCACCAACUACUUUGGAGCAGCCGGGCGGCUGGCCUGUGGGGAAAAGUAUCAAGUGCUGGCUCGGAGGAUCACACCAGAGGGCAAGGUCCAGUACCUGGUGGAAUGGGAAGGGAACACCCCUUAUUGAUUACCCCUCAGAGGCUGCCCGGAUCCCUAGAAACCAAAGGAGGGACAAAAGAAAGCCGCAGUCGGCUCCCUGUUUUCUCCCCAGGGUGGUGGAGGGAAGCCAGGCAGAGCUGCAGUGCCUGGCUGCGGCCCCUGCCUGCUGCCCACCAGGUCAAGACCCAUGUGCUGCUGUACCGAUUGUCUGUGUUUC